AACGAGAGGAGGGGGGGGGGAGAGUCCCGGAUGUUGGCUCGGCUGCCGAGAGAAAGGCGAACGGGAGAAGGCGGAGAGAAGCUGAGGAGGGACGCCACGGCACCGCAGGCACACCGGCGAAGCUACGGCUACAGCGGGUCUUUGCACAGGACAAUACACGUCAAGAGCACAGGACACUCCCGGGGGUCCCCCCGAUAGCUGUAGAAGAGGAGGUGGAAGGAAGGGGAGGGGGCAGUUACUCUGAAACUACCGUGAGGAUUUACAGAGAGCCGCCGUCACAGCAGCUUUCUCCCAGAGGAUGAGGAACUGUUCUCCCAUUCGGCUGACUCACCUGUCGACAGUCAGUUAGCAAGUCUGCUCAUCUAUCUGUCUGCUCAUGAGUGCAGAGACAGGGAGGGCAGUGUGCCGAGAGGGACAGAGAGACAGGCUGUUGCAGGCUGCACACCGCACAGCACGGCAGACACGAACAGGGCUGAGGACAGUUUGCAAGACGACACUGGCUGGCUUGUUUACGGCAGAGGCUCCGUUUGGGGGGGGAGGAGGCAGUCGAGCUGGAAGGCAGGGAAGAAAGGAGAGGGGGUUUACUACCCUCAAGAGAGUCGGAAUUCCUCCUGAGCCAUUCCCCCAUUUGGCUGGCAGUUGUGAAAACAAUUGCCUGGCAUUUACUCUCUCUCUGUGCAGAUGGAGUCCCAGCUAUGAGUCAGCUUUGAGAGCAGCAAGUGGUGCAGAAAGUGGUGGGCUUGUGAUCUCCUGCACAGCGAAUAUAAGCAUACCGCACAGAGACACUUGGGUUUUGAUGUUGGACGAGCUGUUCACAGUUGCUUCCUCACUUACAUUUCUUCGUGAUGCUGUUAUCUGCUAGCCUGGCAUCGCCAGACUGAUUCGCAAAUGCGUAUUAGUCUGGAAACUCUCAGUUCAUUUUCAAUUUCCAAGGGGGCGUUAUGAACGGGCAGACCAAAAUGCCUCUGGACGCAAUUGGAUAGUCCCACAACCAAUCGGAGCAAUGAACUGGUGACGUGACUUUUCAAAUCCAGACCGAACUUAUAACCGAUCAGAGCAAAUUACAGCUUAACGGUACACUAAAAUAUGUUCAUUAAAACAUUUGAAGUGGGAAAUUGGCGAUGCAGUGACUGAAUCUUAAUUCAUAUUUGAUCAGCACUGCCUAGUUUGACGGCUUGAUCUGAGUUUCUUGAGGCUGGUUUGUUGCACUCUGUAAUUUUUUUUCCCUCAACUUUAUUGACAACAGUCAAACUCAAACAACGGACAACUCCCAAACCUACCUCAUAUUACAUAGACGGUUGUGAUUGGCCCGUCCAGUUCCAGGCAAGUUCACCUAGAGAAGACGCCAUGCUGAUGUCCUGAGCUGAGGGAGCCCCGACUUCAUCCUCAACCCGUCAGCUGUCUCCAUUUGUUAUUCCAUACCUGGUCCACUCUCCAUCAGUCACCGAGCUCCAACAGCAACUACCGUCACCUCCAGUUUUUCCCCACCCCCUCCUGUCCAGCCUGCCGUCACCAUGACGUCGGAGCUGGAGAGUAGCCUGACCUCCAUGGAUUGGCUUCCUCAGCUGACCAUGCAGGCAGCCAUCCGCAAAGCGGACGCCCAGAAUGCCCACGGACCAGGCAUGGGCAAGAAAAGUACCCUACUGGAUCCUAACACCACGCUGGACCAGGAGGAGGUGCAGCAGCACAAAGACGGCAAGCCGCCCUACAGCUACGCCAGCCUCAUCACGUUUGCUAUCAACAGCUCGCCAAAGAAGAAGAUGACACUGAGUGAGAUCUAUCAGUGGAUCUGUGAUAACUUUCCCUACUACAGGGAGGCGGGCAGUGGCUGGAAGAACUCAAUACGGCACAAUCUGUCAUUGAACAAAUGUUUUCUCAAAGUGCCUCGCUCCAAAGAUGACCCAGGAAAGGGCUCUUACUGGGCCAUCGACACCAACCCAAAGGAGGACGCCUUGCCCACGCGGCCAAAGAAGAGGCCGCGGUCUGGAGAGAGGGCUUCUACGCCGUACAGCCUGGAGUCGGAGUCUUUGGGGAUGGAGUGUAUGAUCUCUGGAAGUGCCUCUCCAACGCUGGCAAUCAACACUGUGACUAACAAGGUGGCGUUGUAUAACACAGACCAGGAAGGGAGCGAUAGUCCAAGAAGCAGCCUUAACAACAGCCUGUCUGAUCAGAGUCUGGCCUCUGUCAAUCUCAACAGCGUGGGCAGCGUGCACAGCUAUACACCGGUGACCAGUCACCCAGAACCCGUGUCCCAGUCUAUGAGCCUCCAGCAGCCCCCCCAGUCCCAGUACAACAUGCCAGACAGGGACAAGCAGCUCCUGUUCUCUGAAUUUGAAGAUCUCAGUGCCUCCUUCCGCAGCCUUUACAAGUCUGUUUUUGAGCAGUCCUUCAGCCAACAAGGUCUGAUGGGAAUACCAUCAGAUUCCUCCCAGCAGACCCACACCUCCUGCUCCUAUCAGCACUCCCCCAGUGGCACCAUUAGCACUCAGAACAGCCUGUCAAACAACCAACCCAACAGCCACCCCAACAGCCACUCCGCCAACAGUGGCCAGGUGCCCCUGUCCCAUCCUGCCCAAGCCCACCCUGGCCACGGCUCACCCCACGCACAGCACCUCCCGCAGCACGGUGGCCCCCACAACCAACACAACCAACACAGCCAACACGCCCAGCACAGCCAACACAGUCAGCACCAACAGCACCCACAGCACUCCCAGCACCCGCAGCACGCUGCGCACUCCCAGCACGGGCAGCACCCAUCGCAGCACCCAUCCCACGGCCAGCACCCACAGCAACACACGCCACACCCCUCCCAACACACGCAGCACAGCCAGCAGCACCCUUCUCAACACGGACAGCAGCAUCAGAGCCUCUCCCUCCAGCCCCAUCCUACCCAGCAACAGAUGGCCUGCAACACAGGUAUACUGUCUGACUGGUACCCAAAUCUGGAUGCACUGAAAGAAAGCUGUCGUAUUGCUAGCAGCUAUAACUGGGCUGAUGUCGACCUUUCACCUUUCCAAGGAUUGAGAGAAAGUAUGAGACAAGCAGAGUUGAACAACUGGUCCCUGGAGCCCACCCAGAUAGCGGACCUCUGCUCGUCCAUCAACCAGUUUUUUGCCCGCACCGGUGUAAUCCAGCCACAAGGGGCAGUGCAGUCUCCUGUUUGUCAUAGCUCCAUGCACCCCAACAAACCCAACCAGCACCUUGGCACAGGAAAUCUCUACAUGGACUCCAGACAGAGCAUGUCCAUGAUGGGUCCCCCGGGAUAUCCCCACAUGCCCCCCAUGAGCAACGCACCCACUAUAGGACACCAUGCACAGAUGAACCAGCAGCACAUGAUACCUACCAGAAACUUCCAGAUGCAUCGUAUGCCAGCCGACGACAUCCAGGAUGAUUUUGAUUGGGACUCCAUUGUCUAGCCCCCUAGACGUCCUUUUGCAAAGAAAAGGGAGCGAGGAGAGGAGGUGGAAGCCAGAGGAAGCCAGGCUGAGCUGAAAGGCCACAGGAGG